UCCGUGCAGUCGUGUUGGCCGGAGUGCAGAGUUCCCACUAGAAUUGAAAAAUUUGCAACCAAAAAAGGGGGAAAAUAAAUAGAGAAAAUAAAUAAAAGUAGCCAAAUAGAGAAAAGUAAAUCAGCAAACAAGUGCAGUUCUUCAAAGAGAAAGCACAGGAGAAAGUGGAAAGUGUGGUCGAAGGCAGAAGUUUCUUAUCCAGAGUCCUAGCACAGAUACCUAUAUUUUUCUGCGGGGCGCCGCGAGCGGAGUGGAGUGGAGCAAGAGCGAGGGGAACAAGCUGAGAAGGCUCAGAAACGAGGUAACCGCCACCAUGUCGACGCUUCCCUUCCUCCUCAGCGUCGCUGACGAGCUGGACAACAUUAACUCGCAGUCCUACAUGGACGACUUUGGGCUGGGCUUCCAUCCGCACCGCCAGUACUACAGGACCCCCACCAUCCAGUUGUCCCUGCCAGCCAGCACAGACUGGACAGGAUCGGGCCGCGAUUGGUCCCAGGCGGGCACCGGCAGGCACAACCGGUAUCGCAGCUACAAGUUCUACGACGACUCUGAGAACAAUCUCGAAGAGGAGCAGCCCGAGGAGCAUCUGCCGCAGGAGCAGCAGCUGCAGGAGCUCCCCCAGCAGCCUGACCACCACCAGGUCAGACCAGGCCAGGAGAAUCAAUCAAAGCCCGAUGGCCAGGCCCCGAACACAGCCGCCACUGCCACUGCCAGGAAGGGCCUGGGCAUGGUCAAUUCCAAUUCGCACGAUGUCGGAGUCGGUGGCCUGGGCCUAAACCUGAAGGCCGCCGAGGAGGAGGACGACGAGAACAUCGACCGCACUGUCCGGAUGUACAAUUUGUCCAAGAAGUGCUGCAAGAACUACUACCGACACGCCCUGGAGACCGGACCCGGAGCCAGUGGACGGGUCAAGUGCAGCAACAUCCGCUCCGAGAGCCACAAGUCGAGUUCCAGCUCCGAGGAGAGCCUCCAGAAGAUACCCUCGCCGAUCGAGUUCCUCACCUGCUUUCUGGUGAAGAAGUCCCGGACCCCCAAGGGCGGCGUGGGCCAGCAGCUGAAGAAGACAUAGAACUCGGCCCGGCUGCUCCCGGCAGCUAUGUCCGCCCGGACCUCUACGCUUAGCUCCACGGCCACCAGUGCGGUGGUGGGUGGAGUCCUGUCGGAGACGGCCGCCAGCUCGGACACUGCGACCACAAAGCGGCGGAGCAACUGCUUCUGAAUGUUGGCCGGAGUCGGGGUUGUGUGCGGCCAGGCCUGGAGCUGGCUGCAGCGGUGCGGGGAGCUGCCCAGCUCGGAGCCCACAUCGCUGCCAGUCACGCGUCUGGGCAGGAUCGGCUACUAGUCACACACUCUCUUCAUCCCGACUCCGAUACAUGCUGAGUAGGUGGGCCGUUGGGUUUGUUUGGGUUUUCUUUGUUUGGCGAGUGAUUCAGCUGGGGUUUUCCGCCAUUUAAUGGAAGGGGGUUCGCUGGGGAAAAGUGCCAGUGUCAGGUAGGCUUGGAAAUAUAAGAAUUUACGAAGACGGCUUUUAAAGGGCUUAGGACUUUGAAUUGCACUGGGGUGAGUUAAAAUAAAUCUAUUGAAUAAUAU